UUCCUCCUCCGACCAUCGUCUUCCCCCGCUUUCUCUGCCCUCCUAUUUCUCCUCUCCGUCCACUACCUCCGCCCUCCUCCACCACCCCCAUGCCUGCGGCGACCACCACCGUUCCUCUACGAGACUGAUCCCGUCGUCGCCAUGGCCUCUGUGGCGGCGCAGCUGGUCGGCGCGGCCCUCACGCUGCUGCUCCUCUCCGUCGCCGCAGCACCCGCGCGGGCCAACGAAGUGCCACGCCUCUUCCUCCAGGAGAUCGCCAGCGACUACGACGAUGGGAUCGGAGGCACGGCGGGGGAUAAAGGGGCGAAGACCAUCGCCGGGAGUCCCAUCGUAGCCGGGGUCAUGAACGACCGUCUCAAGGCGCUUACCUCCUCCUUUGCCAAGGCUAUUGGCGACAAGCUCGACUACUGCAUCAAGGACACCGACAAGGAGUGGAAUGCUGCGUUCAAUUUCUCCAAGGACACCACCUUCCUCACCAAUUGCAUGAAGCAGACCAACGGAGACCUGCAGCAGCGUGUCUGCACAGCCGCAGAGAUGAAGUUCUACUUCAACAGUUUGAUCGACGCCGGGGAGAAGAGCGGGGAGAUUAAUUAUGUCAGGCCCAACAAAAACUGCAAUCUGUCAUCCUGGAUGGACGGCUGCGAGCCGGGCUGGGCAUGCACUGUUGGAAAAGAGCAGAAAAUCAAUCUGCAGGAUGCUAAGGAUAUCCCUUACAGAGCUCUUGACUGCCAAGCUUGUUGCCCUGGCUUCUUCUGCCCCCAUGGUCUCACUUGCAUGAUACCUUGCCCUCUGGGUGCAUACUGCCCGCUGUCCAGCUUGAACAAAACUACAGGCAUCUGUGACCCAUACAACUAUCAACCACCCGCUGGAAAUCCGAAUCAUUCUUGCGGUGGUGCUGACAAUUGGGCAGACGUGGUUAGCACUGACGAUAUUUUCUGCCCACCUGGAUUCUACUGCCCGAGCACGACACAGAAACUCCCUUGUAGUAGUGGGUUUUACUGCAGGAAGGGAUCAACCUCACAAACUAGAUGCUACAAGAAGAGCUCUUGUCCACCAAACUCUGCUACACAGGACAUUACAAUAUUUGGUGCAUUGUUAGUGGUUGCCUCCUGUUUAGUGCUCCUGAUCAUCUACAACUUCUCCGGCCAAAUUUUGACGAACCGCGAGAAGAAGCAAGCAAAAUCCCGAGAGGCUGCUGCAAGGUAUGCGAGAGAGACUGCGCAAGCUCGAGAGAGGUGGAAAUCAGCAAAGGAUGUCGCCAAGAAAGCCGGAACGGGUCUUCAGUCACAAUUGUCUCGCACCUUCUCACGGAAGAAGGCUGCCCAGACACCGAAAGGUGGUGGCGGCGGCGGCAGCAGCCUGCCUCCAAGCGGAGAAGAUGGGGGCGGGAGGAAGAAGAACCUGACCGACAUGAUGCAGUCGCUCGAGGACAACCCGGAUAACGAUGAAGGAUUUAACCUGGAGAUAGGAGACAAGGGCCUGAGGAAGAACAUGCCGAAAGGGAAGCAGAUGCACAGCCGGAGCCAGAUCUUCAAGUAUGCGUAUGGCCAGAUCGAGAAGGAGAAGGCGAUGCAGCAGGAGAACCACAACCUGACCUUCUCAGGCGUGAUCAGCAUGGCCAAGGAGCACGACGUCAGCACGAGGCCCGUCAUCGAGAUCGCCUUCAAGGACCUUACGCUGACGCUGAAGGGGAGCAAGAAGAAGCUCUUGAGGUCCGUGACAGGGAAGCUCAGGCCUGGCCGUGUGGCCGCCGUGAUGGGCCCAUCUGGCGCGGGGAAGACCACGUUUCUCAGCGCCAUUGCCGGGAAGGCGACUGGCUGCGAGACGUCAGGCAUGGUGCUCAUCAAUGGGAAGGUAGAACCCAUCCGCGCGUAUAAGAGGAUCAUUGGCUUUGUCCCCCAGGAUGAUAUCGUUCAUGGAAACCUCACCGUCCAAGAAAAUCUCUGGUUCAAUGCAAGAUGCAGGCUUUCAGCAGACAUGUCGAAAGCUGACAAGGUGCUGGUCGUGGAGAGGGUGAUUGAGUCACUGGGACUGCAGGCUGUUCGAGAUUCUCUGGUCGGGACAGUGGAACAGCGCGGCAUCUCCGGUGGGCAGCGCAAGCGAGUCAAUGUUGGCCUGGAAAUGGUGAUGGAGCCAUCGGUGCUGAUUCUGGAUGAGCCAACGUCCGGUCUGGACAGCGCCUCCUCCCUCCUCCUGCUCCGCGCCCUUCGCCGUGAAGCUCUCGAGGGCGUCAACAUCUCCAUGGUUGUUCAUCAACCCAGCUACACUCUGUACAGGAUGUUCGACGACCUGAUACUUCUAGCCAAGGGAGGGAUGACGGUGUACCAUGGGCCUGUGAAGAAGGUGGAGGAGUACUUCACGGGGCUGGGCAUCACCGUGCCGGAGCGAGUGAAUCCGCCGGACUACUACAUCGACAUCCUGGAGGGCAUCGUCAAGCCCACCAUGAGCGCCGGCGUCAGCGUCAAGGACCUGCCGCUCAGGUGGAUGCUGCACAAUGGCUACGACGUCCCCCGGGACAUGCUGCAGAGCUCCUCCGACUCUGAGUCCUCCUUCCGAGGGAGCACGAGCCCGGCCUCCGGCGAUGCCUCCGUCGCGGCCGAGGUAUGGGGCAACGUCAAGGACAUCGUCGGCCAGAAGAAGGACGAGUAUGACUACAACAAGAGCACUGAAGAUUUGUCGAACCGCUGCACUCCUGGCAUUCUUAGGCAGUACAGGUACUUCCUCGGAAGGUGUGGCAAGCAAAGGCUCCGUGAAGCGAGAAUACAAGGGGUUGAUUACCUCAUACUCUGCCUUGCCGGGAUAUGCCUGGGGACACUGGCCAAAGUCAGUGACGAGACGUUUGGAGCGCUUGGAUACACAUACACAGUCAUUGCUGUUUCUCUGCUGUGCAAAAUUGGAGCCUUGAGAUCAUUCGCGCUUGACAAGAUAUACUAUUGGAGGGAGAGGGCCUCCGGGAUGAGCUCUCUCGCCUACUUCAUGUCCAAGGACACCAUAGACCACCUCAACACCAUCGUCAAGCCCAUAGUCUACCUCUCUAUGUUCUACUUCUUCAACAACCCCAGGUCAUCCAUCUGGGAGAACUACGUCAUUCUUGUUGCCCUCGUCUACUGCGUCACUGGCAUCGGCUACACUUUCGCCAUCUUCUUUCAGCCAGGCUCUGCACAGUUGUGGUCUGCGCUGCUUCCGGUCGUUUUGACUCUGAUAGCAACUCAGCGGAAGAACACUUUCUUUGCUGACCUGUGCUACACAAAGUGGGCUCUAGAAGGGUUUGUGAUGGCAAAUGCUCAAAACUACUCCGGGGUGUGGCUGAUUACACGGUGCGGUUCGCUGGUCAAGAGCGGCUAUGACAUCAACGACAAGGCUCUUUGCAUAGUGGUUCUUAUUGCCAAUGGUAUAGUUUUCCGCUGCGUGGCAUUCUUCUGCAUGGUGACCUUCCAGAAGCACUAGAAUCGUCCAUGACAAGAGAAAAACAACCCCAUAAUUCUCCUUCUUUGUCUAUCCAUGUAGCUGAUACGUUCAUUCAUUGAUUUAUGUGCAAUAGAAAUGUACAUUAUAACCUCUUCUGUCGGGCGCCAGGUGUAGAUGAGAGCAGACUCUUCAAUAGUAGUAAAAAACUGAUCAGGAUUCAUGAAUACCCUAAAUCUCUAUCUAUUAUAAAAAUUGAAAAUGUUUUUGCUGUA